AUGUUGAUUCUGAACCGCUGUUGGAGCAGUUGUGUUUCCUCUAAACUAGCUUCAUGGCUAAACACCUCAGAUAACACAGAGUAACACCUGGUGAACACAUGUUUACAGCUACAGCUGGACCUCCCGGUGCUGUUAUGACGUGACGGCUGACGGGUUGUUGUUGUUAAACCUCCUCAUCACUAGAGAGAGGUGUUAGCAUGUGAUGCUAGCUCGUUAGCUUAGCCAGCCAGCCCAGUGUUACUAUGAGGCUGAUCUGUUCCUCUUUAUGCUCAUACUCGAUCUGAAUAACCUCUCCGCCAUGGACAGCGAGGCUAUAGUGAUCCGGAUAAAGUCUCCGGCGGGGGACAUGGACUCUGCUGUGGACUGUCCAUCUCUGCUCAACUUCAACGACCUGCUAGUUGCAAUCAGAGAUGUGAUGCCUGAAGCCACUGUCACAGCCUUUGAGUAUGAAGACGAGGUGGGGGACAGAAUCACUGUAAGAAGUGAUGAAGAACUCAAAGCCAUGUUGUCAUAUUACUUCAACACAAUGAAUGAACAACGCAUGAACGGACUGCUGCCGGACCCUCUGCAGAUUUUUCCUCGAGCCGGCAAGACUCCAGGGAUCCGGAACAUACAUGGCCUGAAGGUUAAUACAAGACCUAACCCAGCCAAUGACUGCACUCACGUUGUCCCAGACUCCAUGGCCAACAACAGCUUAAAAAAAUCAUCCGCUGAGCUGAAGAGGAUCCUGACAAAUGGGCAGAUAAAUGCUCAAGAUAUCCACUAUCAAGAGCAGCUCGGCCAUGGAAACGGAGGCACGGUUUACAAAGCGUACCAUCUUCUGGGCAAGCGGGUUUUAGCUGUCAAGGUCAUUCCCCUGGAUAUCACAGUGGAAUUGCAGAAGCAGAUCAUGUCAGAAUUAGAAAUUCUCUACAAGUGUGAUUCACCCUACAUCAUCACUUUCUUCAGUGCCUUUUUCGUAGAGAACAGGAUAUCCAUAUGCACAGAGUUUAUGGACGGUGGUUCUCUUGACGUGUACAAAAGAAUUCCAGAGCACGUGCUGGGGAGGAUCGCAGUGGCAGUAGUCAAAGGCCUGACAUAUCUGUGGAGCCUGAAGAUACUUCACAGAGAUGUCAAGCCUUCCAAUAUGCUGGUGAACACCCGAGGACAAGUCAAGCUCUGUGACUUUGGUGUCAGCACACAGUUGGUGAAUUCUAUCGCCAAAACAUACGUGGGAACUAACGCAUACAUGGCGCCAGAAAGGAUAUCAGGAGAACAGUACGGUAUCCACGCAGAUGUCUGGAGUGUGGGAAUCUCUUUCAUGGAGUUGGCGCUUGGCAUGUUCCCCUAUCCACAGAUUCAGAAAAACCAAGGAUCUUUAAUGCCUCUCCAGUUACUGCAAUGCAUCGUUGAUGAGGAUCCUCCAGUUCUUCCUGUCGGCCAGUUCAGUGAGAAGUUUGUUCACUUCAUCACUCAGUGUAUGCGGCGGCAACCCAAAGAGAGGCCUGCCCCUAAUAACCUCAUGGAUCAUUCCUUCAUCAUCCAGUUUAACGAUGGUAAUGCAGAGGUGGUGUCGAUGUGGGUUUGUCGCUGUCUGGAGGAGAGACGAGCUCAGCAGGCUCAGGGACACAUCUGACGUCCUCCUGCUGUCUGCCCAUGAUGGACCGGGACCUUGAACACGUAUCAAAGGCUUCAGGGUCAAGUACGUCCAUAUGCACUGUACAAGUGACUCAAUGUACAUGGACAAAAAUCACCAGAUGUUACAAACUUUAUGUGAGUCAUUCCUUAUUUUACAGCACUCGUUCGUCGUGACAAUAAGGAGCUCACAUCCUUUGAACUUUGCAUCUUAAAUCUCUGCAUCCAAAAAGUGCAGAGAGGUCUGCGCUUUCUUUCUAACGUGGGUCACCAUCCGCAGCUUCAUCCCAACGUUUUUUCGGGAGUAUACAGACAUGCAGUGUCAUCCCAGUCUGGUGAGUGGAUAUAAACGGUCCUGAUUUAAAGGAUCAGGGAAAAGAAACAACUUCAAAAGCAUAAGACUGCAAUACGCUGGCAGGGUAAUGCUCCGUUUCUGGGAUGGUAUCUCAAAUAACCGUCUUGUGCUUUACUGUUGACAGCCCUCUAGUGAAUGUUAAGGUUUUUGCCUGUGAGUAACUGCCCAUGUGUGUGCCUGUUUUUUCCAGUGGUGUAAUUUAUUACCUCAGCAAACUUAGGUUGUCUCUGUAAUAGCAAAACUUCCUCCCAAAAAAUACCUGACUUUAAUUCCUGGACUAGAACAUUUGUAUCCAGUUAUUGCCUAAUCUUGUGAGGUUGGGGUAUUAACUAAAUACAAAGCUAUGUCUUGAAGGGGUGUGAAGUGAACAACAAGCGUUCAGUGUUAGAGACUGCAAUGAAAUAUUGACAUGCAUCUUUUCUUGGUUCUCAAGCAACUCGGCCUCACUCCCAUCUGGUCAAAUACCGCAGACUGGGCAGCGCCCCUCGGCAUCGGAAACCGAUGCAGAGAGGCAACCUUUAGCAACAGUUUGUGACGAACCGGGCUUUCAACUUACUCCAAUGUAAACCCACCUGCAGCGCUAUUCGACGGUCGAAGCAAGUGACAUAGCAUUAAUAGCGUGAGAGUCUGCUAAGGGCGGGUGGGAGGUGUGGUUGAUGGGUCAAACAAACACAGGACUUCCAACCAGGAGACCGACGUUCAUGUCCCGCUUGAAACUAAGUUUUCGAGUAUCAUGAGCCCCGUGAGUCGCUUUCGUGAGUCGCUAGUGACGUGAGUUGUUAGAAUCGUCAGUCAGUGAAGUUAAUGUCAACCACGACCGUUUCCUAACCCCAACUCAGUGGUUUUGUUGUCUAAACCUAACUUCCUGUGAAACGUUUUAUUUUGAAAGGGCACUAUGCAUGUAAUGAGCGUAUAUUGACACAUCCAAAAGUAAUGUAAGAAGGGUACCCCGUGUGUUUACCGAUACCGAGGGGCACUGACUAAGCGGCGUUCUAGGACGAGUUGGGAGUGAGAAUGUGUUGUCUCAAACGUACUGACCAAACAAGUAAUGGUUCUCACUCAUCGGGAGGAACCAGGGCUUCUCUCCGUUUAAACUUCUUUUAUUUACGUUUGCACAGACAUGCCUGACAUUGAAUGCCACUGAAUGAACUGCUGGAGAUGGAAUUGUGUUCUCUACUUUCAUUCAGCAGCUAUUUGUUCUUUUCUUAUAAUCCAUUAAUAACAAGAGAAACUAUGGACAAGAAGAGAAACAUAACAGAAACAAUAUCUCUUCCUCCCCUUAUAAACCAACACUUUUUAAGUUAUUGUUUUAUCCACUUCCUCACCAGUAAGUCCUUACUUUAGCGAAAUAUGUCAUGUACUAUACAGAGAGUAUGCUAUGUUAUUUGAUUGCCAAAUGAGAUCAGUUGAUAGAGAGUAAACAUUAAUGCAGUGCACUUAACACCAAAGACCACUGACGACCCAAAUGGUGAAUUUUCUGUAUAUGUAUCUCUCUGACUGAGGCAAACAUAAUGGGUUAAAUGACUAAAAUGAUUUGACAUGGUUUUCAUGUGCAGUUGGUGAAAUGUGUCGAGCUCAAGUGCAAUUAAAAGCCAUUCCUACCACAAAGGAACCGUUAACGCAGCCUACAGUGACAUGAUGCGUACAGCAUGAGCAUCGCUGGCAACGAAUGUAACGGCAGAACAUCAGCGCAUCAGAGAAAGGCUUAAAGCAGCAGUUUAUUAUACAUGUGAUGAGCAGUUUCUUCCGUUCACUGUCUGAUGUGCUUUUGUCCUUCGUUACAAUGACAAGACACAGGGAUGGUAGAUUUUAAUCACCGGCCAUUUGACUGUAAAUCAUCCAAAACUGAGAACACAUUUGUUGUUUGUAGAACAAUCAAACAUGUGCUCCAUCGUGUCAUUCAUCAUUUGGAAACUCAUUGAGAUUUCUUGUAUUUUUUUACAUAACCAAGCCCACAGUUGUUUUUUUUUUAUCAUUUUGAUUGUCAAGCACCUUAUUUCCAGCAUGGGCUAAUCAUUUAGCAUUUUUGCUACUUGAGUAACAUUUACUUUCCUUUAGAAAUGACCUGUCUCCAGACAGGAAAUGAAAGAAAUACUGUAUGUGUGAGGAAAUCCCAAGCUAUGUCCCAGCUCCGUACUACAUACUAAUUCUUGUAUGUGUUGCAUGUAUAUAUGCAUACAAAAUUUAGUAUACUAAAAGAUACAAGUAUGCAUAUUAAAUUUGCCCUUUUUUUUCUUCUUUUUUUACAUUUUUGUGAUGUUAAUGCACUCUGUUGUCUAACUAAUUGAAGAGAGCUCCAGAAACAUAAUGAAAACAAAAAAAAUCUUAAUUUGACAAAAAAAUCUUGACUCAAGGUCUUCUUACUCGCUUUUUCCGGAACUAGGAAGACCACCAGACGCUUUUUAAAGUUUGGGUAAAAGCUCGUAAGUGGAGUGUUAUUAUGAGACUACUGUUUCCAAGGUCGAGAGUGAACAUUUACUCUUCGGACAAACAUGUUACAUUGGCAGGAUCUUUCAAAUCAGUGAACAUUUGAUAUAAUAGUACAAAAAUGUCUUCAAUGCAAAACAAUAUAUCAUGAAAGCAACCCCGGGACCCAUCAGCUAUCGGUCUGACGACGGAUAAGCCUCUGGGAUCAAGGUCUAUAUUUUCGGGGUUCUAGUGUAGCCUGUGGAUAUCCAGGCCAGACUUUUCUGUACGCUGCUCCUUGUUUACAGUCCGAUUAGUAGCUUGAGACGCGAUACUGGCGUUGGAGUAGAGAGACGAUGUAUACAAUGGAUUGUUUCACAAGUAGCCAGUUUACAAGCUAAUUUUAAACCAAUAAAAAGCUAAAUCAUUGUCAGACGAUAGCCGGUGGAUUCCCAGAUUGCAUUUCGGCCAAUGCCUUCCGCCUCUUUUGCUCUCCAGAUGGACUGUUUCCCUGCAUUCAACCAAAGCCUGCUCAAACAUGAUUGGUCAAUACUACUCGGACUAGAAAUGGAAACCAGAACGCUUGUGAUACCAAAAUCUUGUCUGGUGAUGGGUCAUGAUGUGUGAGGGAAUCUUCUUAUAGCACCCUCUACUGGUUGUGCUCAGUGCUUAUCGAGACAAGAUUUCUCUGUGAAUUUGAUAUGUAUUGAAUCAAAAUGUUCUCAUACAGCGGUUCGUAUGAUAUCUUACGAAAAAGUGAUUUCUUCUUUUUCGUUCGUUUCCUACGAAUGUCCAGCAACACGUGUCAAUGUCCAUCUUUACAGGAAACAACUUCCUUAGGUUUCAACAAAACUACUCGGUUAGGUUUAGGAAAAGAUUGUGGUUUGCCUUAAAAUAAAUCCUUAAGUGGAGUUACCGAAGUACAUAAGUUACAUGACAAAUACAUCAACCUUGACUUCUGGUCUCAGACAAAUUGUUUGUGAACUGCACAACCAGCAGAGGUGCUACGUGUCAUGAUCCCUCCCAUACGAACAAAUUCCAUUAGUGCCAUUGUUCUGCCUUUUAUUCAUUCAUUAUUCUCCUUAUUUCUGCCUCAGAAAACUGAAGGCACAGCCUUUUUACUUUGAUGUACAUAAAUAUACUUUUACCUUUAACUUUGGGAAGGAUUUCUGUGCAAGAUGCCACUCAUAGAGAAAUGAAUAUCACUCUCAUAAUUUGGCGAAACUCAAAGUUGAAGAUGUUCCAGUAACUGAAAUACAUCAACAUGGAUUUCCAACAGUUGCACAAUGAAUAGAAUAUGUAUUUUACAUAAUACCACAUGCUGUAUAUCGUUAAUUAUAUUCAUCUAACUGUCAAAUUCUACUGUAGUAUUAACACAUUACAGUCGGCCUUAAAUGUAACUGAAGCUAUAAAUACUUAGCAGUCUGGUAAAAGUAGUAAAUAUGUAUGAAAUAAGAGGAGCGUGUUGUGGCCGCUGGCUGCUGAUGAACACGCUGCAAAUAUUAAAUGUAUUCUUGCAACUCAAAUGAAACCAAAAAGUAAAAUUGUUUGUGAACAGAUGUUCUGUAACCUCCAAAAAGCUCAGACACAUAUUUUAUGGUUUGCUCAUUGACUGUGAUUUUUGAAUAUGAAUCUGCGGUUUCAGUGGAAAUAUUUAUUAUUUUUUUUUACUUUACAGCUUGUGACUCUCGCCCUGUUAUUAUUUUUCCUGUUUUUGCCUAAAACAUUAAGUCAGUGAUGGGACUCAGCAGAAAUAUUAGUGCUGUGAUAUUACUGCUGAUAAUGGCCUUUUAUGUAAUUAUCUGUGUUGGCACAUAUUCCAACCGUCAUGCACAAAUAGAAUAAAAAGUAUUUAAACAUAA